AUGAGUACGUGGCAACAAACACAAGAUCCAAAUGGAGACCUUGGCUUUAGCGAUAAAACUAUACGUAAAGACUUCAUAUGUAAAGUUUACAGUAUUUUGAUGUGUCAGCUAAUAAUCACAUUAAUAUUUGUGGGUAUGGCAACUCUUCAUGAUGAAACUAGAACUUAUGUAAAAACACAUCCUUGGCUAACUAUCAUCGCAUUUGUCAUUACUUUUGCUAUUUUAAUUGCGCUCGCAUGCUGUGAAAAUGUACGUCGCAAGAGUCCUCUCAACUAUAUUCUUUUGUUUGUAUUCACCUUAAGUAAAUCAUUUUUAUUAGCGGUAUCUGUAUCACUUUACUAUCCAGAACAAGUACUGUUGGCUCUUGGCUUAACUAUAUUGAUAUGUUUUGCUCUUACAAUAUUUGCUUUUCAGACUAAAAUAGAUUUUACGGUAAUGGGUGGUUUUUUAUUAAUAGCUGUGAUAGUUUUAUUUGUUGGAUCUAUUGUUGCUUUAUUUUUCCCUGGCAAAAUGACGAUCCUUAUAAUUGCAUCUGCGGGUGCAAUCAUAUUUUCCUUAUAUCUUAUUUAUGACACCCAAAUGAUGGUUGGCGGUGACCAUAAGUAUUCGAUCUCUCCAGAAGAAUAUAUAUUUGCAGCAUUAACCAUCUAUGUAGACAUAGUAAACAUUUUCAUAUACAUAUUAGCCAUUAUUGGAGCUUCAGAUGAUUAA